UCAGAAAGUACUCGGGAAAGCAACGUCGAGACAAGAAGAUGCACAUCUAAAGCCUGAUCAGUAUUCAUGACUCCAAAGAAACUAAAAAUGCAUCCUACUAGAUGAGAUACUGAACUGGAGAGCAGUGUGGACAUGAAUCAUCAAAGUCUCAAAGAAGGGGAUAUUUUGUGCACUUCUUCCGCAUUGCCCCCUGGCUGGAUCAGAGAAGUGAGGCAGCGGAAAGCAGGCAAAACAGCAGGCAAACUAGAUGUCUACUUUACAAGUCCCGAAGGGCAAAGGUUCCGGUCCAGAGCAUCCCUACGCACUUUCCUCCUGGAAAGUGGAAGUGGUAACUUAGACAUAAGCCUCUUUGAUUUCACCACAUCACAAGCACCCCCUUCCAAAGUAAAGCAGAGGAGAGGAAAGAAAAAGCCUUCAGAGGGACAGCAGGAGGAAACAGAAAAUGGAACAGCAAUUCUAGAGGCACCUCCAAAUAAAUCCAAACAAGCCUCUUCCUCCCUCAGAAGUGAUACUAAAAGUGGAAAAGUGAAGACAGCAAACGACACAAAUCAUGUUGAUGCUGACACUGAACUACAGAAGACUGCAUGUGUAUUAGAAGUGAAUGUGAAUGGAGACAAAACUACUGAAAGUUUAAAUGGUUGCUUACAAGCUUUGACCUCAGAAAAAGUGGACAAUGUACAUCUGCAAAAGAGCCCCCAAAGAGGAGGCCAGCUGAGAGAGAAGUUACUCAGACUGGCUCCUUUAAGUAAUCAACUAAACAAAUCUAUUCUUCAAGAGGACAAGAAAGCAGAUUUGCAGCCUUCGGCCCCGAUUUUGAAUGUUGAACCUGCCGCUGAGAGCGAGAACAAAGGUGAUGAAAGCAAAGGUGACAACACUCCUAAUUCUGACCUGGAGGCUGGUGGUGACAGUCGUCAAGAUGCUGAAGAACAUGCGUUGUUACCUGAUACCACUGAUGGGAGCUGUACACCAGUUCGAGAAUCCCAGAAUAAGUCCAAAAGCUUGGAAGGCAAGCGGAAAACAAGUCCUUAUUUCAGUGGGAAAUCCAGCAGAGAUGGACUUAGCCCACCGAGGAGGAAGGCCUUCAAGAAGUGGACACCUCCCCGGUCUCCCUUCAACCUCGUACAGGAAACUCUUUUCCAUGAUCCCUGGAAGCUGCUGGUAGCCACAGUUUUUCUGAACAAAACCAGUGGUAAAAUGGCCAUUCCAGUCCUGUGGCAGUUCUUUGAGCGUUAUCCAUCUGCAGAGGUGACCCGGCAGGCCGACUGGAAGCCCAUGUCUGAACUUAUGAAGCCACUUGGCCUGUAUGAGCUUAGAGCCAAAACACUCAUCCGCUUCUCAGAUGAGUAUCUAACUAAACAGUGGCGUUACCCUAUUGAGUUGCACGGUAUUGGAAAGUACGGCAACGAUUCGUACAGGAUCUUCUGUAUCAAUGAGUGGCGACAGGUAAAACCUGAUGAUCAUAUGCUAAACAAGUACCAUGCUUGGCUGUGGGAGAACCAUGAGAAACUGGGAAUCUGAAGGACCAGAAACAAGAAAAUCACUUCUAUCACACAAAGUGCAGUUACCCAACAAUAUAACAAUAUUAGCAUUAUGGAGGACUUGAAAUUUUAAUCGUGAAUUUCUUCACUAUUAUGCAGUAUUACGCUGGCUAGCCUUUAAGAACUUUUACUAUGUGUUGAAUAAAAUGUUUUAAGCUGGUUAAAAGUU